CCACACUAAUUGGCAAGAAGAAGAAGAGCAGCAAAAGUUUUUACGUUUUAUUAUUUAUUUUCUGCGUCAAAUAAUAGCAAUUUAGAUAGUAAAAUAAAUCAAGAAGUACAUACAGUUUAAUUGAAAUGGAUAUUCAAAAGUAUACAUUGCAGUCAAUACGACAAGAUUUGAUUGAUAACAAUCUACAGGUCAAAGCAAUAAUACAGGAUAUAUUAACAUAUCGUGGGAGUAUUCACGAAUUGGAAGCGUUAAAUGAAGCUGGCCGUGCUAAAUUGGCGGCCUUGCGUAAAAGUAUACAACACCUCGAUGACUGGGCGCGAGAUACUGGCGAUGCCGAGUUGUGCAAGGAGGUGGACUCGCACAGAGAUCAGUUUUCCAAAACAUUGCAAGCAUUUCGUAAAGCGAAUAUUUCGACACGCAUAGAAAUUGAAAAGGCUAAUCGAGAGGAGCUAAUGGCUAUAACGGGUGAAAGUGAUUUACGGCAAAGAACAACUGGUGCGGGUUCACGCCAUAAUCGUGGUAGCUUAGUAUCACAGGAGAACAAUGUAACAGAGAAAAUGCUUGCCAUAUCACGACACCUGUCUGAAACAACCCAAAAAAGCGCUAUUACAUUGGAAAACUUGGUGGCGUCAUCGCAAAAUGUAGAAGCGACACGUGAUGAACUGCAAAACACAGCCGGUUCGAUUUCGCAGUCUGGAAAGCUUUUAAAGAAAUAUGGACGUCGUGAGUGUACAGAUAAGAUGUUGCUAUUUUUCGCGUUUGCAUUUUUUCUAGCUUGUGUGCUUUAUAUUGUGCAAAAACGUUUGUUUUAGACGUGAGAAAUGAUUGGUAGCCCCGAUGGCAAUUUACAAAAUGCAUGCGAACUAUUUGUUUAGGGAAAUUACAUUUAAGGCAAUGUAUAGUAAAGGUUAUACUCGUAAUUUAGACAGUGGGAAGGUAUUCUAAAGGGAUGAGAACUUAGUAAUUUAAUAUAAUUUAUAUACUCUUUACGCAUAUAUGUAUAUGUAACUAUAUUAAACAAAUGCAGAAUAUGACGUAUGCAGCAGUUGUACACAUUUACGCUUAAUUUAGCUAAUUUUAACUAGUUCUUACUGUAGUCAUAUUUAAAACUUACGCGAUUUUUUUAUUAUUCUUUUAUCACUAUUUGUUUAAAAAAUUUUGUGAGAAUUUAAAAUUUAAUAUGUAAAAUAUUACAAAAUGCCAAUAGAUUUAUACAGAAAACAAAUGCACAUAAAAAGCAAAACACAAUUCAGUAAUAAAGUAAAACAACUAAAAGUAUGAUUAUAAAAAA